AUGCAGCCCUCAGGAUCCUCCCGCAUGCCCUUUCUAUGGUCUGGGAGGCUGGGUAAGUCCAAUGGUGCGGUGCUCCUCCGACAUCCGCUGACGACAGAGAAGAACCUCGCAGUCAACGGCGACGUUUUUCUACAAGGGAUCCUGCUGGUGCAGUUUUCCCACUACGUGUCAAAUGGCUUCCACCGGACGGAUCCGCUCCUUCUGCGCUUGUGGCUCGGAACUCUCUUCGCCCUCUCUCUUGGGAAGACCAUACACUCGAUAGUGAUCACAGAGGUUCAGAUGGAAAACCUGGGCACGGUCCUACUUCCCACAGGACCUACGUCCCAAUACCUGACCAAAUUUCAAUCCACCUUCAUUCCCGGCGUCGUGCUCGUAUUCUAUGUUCAGCUCUUCUUCUGUUGGCGCAUCUGGACGCUUUCGCGACGACUGUGGUUGACACUGACGCUGGGGCUCAUAUUUACUGUGGCCAUGAUAAGUGGCUUAAUAGCGAUUCUUCUUGCCUCGGUUGUCAGUUUGAUAUGGGCGGCCGCGUAUCUGGCUAUUGUUUUCGUCGGGGAUGCCCUGCUUUGCGGACUGACGGUGUAUUUCCUGCUCGCGUCCGCCAAACAAGUCUCACGUGACACCGCGGGCAUUCUCGAGAGAUUGUCGACACUCACCAUGCACUCUGCCGCGCCCGGCGCUGUCUGCGCGCUGAUCAAUCUGAGUGUAUCGCAGGCCUCGCCCAGUCUUCACUCGCUUGUCGGGCCGAUCGAUGUCCAGGCAGCCAUCGCGCUUGUCACCGGCCAGCUUCUGCCCAAAUUCUACGCGUUUUCUGCGCUGUGGAUCUUGAAUGGCAGGAAACGCAUCCGGGAGGACAUGCAGAGAACGCGGGACAGAGGUUCUUUCAACCAGCCGACGGCCAAUCGCGUACGCAAUCUCAGCAUCCGGGCUACGGCAACCGAUUUACUGGAUCUCGAGAGUGCGAACGAAUCGAAACAUAACAGUUUCAUCGAGUUUGCUGUUCCGGGCAAGGCCACUGCAAAUUACGCGCUAUCGAUGAAGGAUGAGGAGUCUGAGAUAGAGCAGCGGUACCGGUCAAAGAGCGUCUCACUCGAGCAAGCGCUGAACGCAGAGCUCGAUGCGCGUGGAGAAAACAAAUCGGCGCGAAUGUGAGAACACAUUCACUUUCGAACACCUCGGUCAAACCAGUUUGUUGCUUCAAAUUAGAAGGAUUUCGUUGCAAAGAGCGCAACAAGGUUGGUUUACAUUUUCCCCUGUGAUAUAAAUAUAUCAUGCAAUGCUUACGUCCCUUGCUCAUCUGUUCAAUGCAACGAUAACUGCUACCUUA